AUGGAGGAAGAGCUCAACCAGGUCGUGCAAGCAAUUCUCAUUGCAUCUGAUCCGAGGGCAGGAUCGUUGCAUCAAGAGGCCUUGGGCUAUCUGUCCUCCAUCCAACAAAACUCCAGCAGCACCUGGAGACUGGCUUUAGCUUUGUACGUGGACGCCACCCCGGAGGGCACGCGAAAAUAUCCUACGGAAGUCCGGUUCUUCGCGUUGAGAGUGCUAGAUGAUUUCCUCGAUAACCGAUUUGAACCCUUGGACGCCGAAUCCUUCCAGACCCUUCGACAAGCGUUCCUUGGGUACGUUCAGUCGGAAUUCGCGUAUGGUCGCGCAGAGGCGGAAGCACCAUUUUUACGAAACAAGUUCUCCCACACGUUGACCCUCCUCUUUUUGUGUACCUACGUCGAGCAAUGGCCGAACUUCUUUGACGAUCUCUUCGCGCUUAUCCGCCCUUCCGAGUCGUCCUCGCAAGCCACCCUCAACCACCACGUUUCCAUCCUCUUCUUCCACAUCGUGCUCGAGAUCUCUGGCGAAGUCUUCGACCAGAUCGUGAAAGCCGCCCGCGCGUGGUCGGACGUCAGGCACAAACGCGACGUGCGCAUCCGGGACCUGGUCCGAGAACGGGACGCGGGGAAGAUCAACGAUGCGGUGCUCGCGAUCGUGGCGGAGAACGCGGAUAGAAUGGUGAAGUUGAGAGGAGCGGACGACGUAGGUGCUGGUAACCCGGACUUGGCUCGUGCGAUCGAAGCUGUGGACUUGGGAAUCAGGACGUAUACAUCCUACGUUGGAUGGAUCGACAUCAACCUCACCGUUACGCCUUCCACGAUCCCUUUGUUAUUCUCGCUCCUAUCAGACCCGGAGCUUACAAUCCGCCUGGCAACUUCCGCCGCUCUAUUACGUAUAGUCACAAAAGGACUUAAGGAACCCGGAGACAAGCUGCAGUUGAUCAAAGUUCUGUCCCUCGGAGAAGUCGUCGACGCCCUCGAAGGCAAAACGCGCGCAGAACAAGCAAGCAGAAAGGCGUCUGGUAGCGAAGAUGAGGGAGAGGAAUCAUAUCGCGAGGCGUUGGGUCGGCUACUGAACGGUUUGGGACUGGAAUUGAUGAAACUCGUCGAUGACUGCGAGGACGAAUCGGUCAAGGCUGAAGCGACUCGAUUGUCGAACUACAUAUUGCCCGUGACUCUUCGGUUCAUGGCGGACGAGUACGACGACACCUCCUCGACCAUCUUCCCGUUCCUCCAGAUUGUUCUCGGAAGCUACAAGCGCAGUCGCAAGGUAUCCACAGAUCCGCUGGACGAUGCCAGACGUUCCUUCCUCUCGUCUCUUCUCUCGGUGAUCCUUGAGAAAUUGAAAUGGGAGGAGACAGACAACCCAGAGGAUAUGGACGAGGACGAUAGAUCGGCGUUCGAAGGGCUCAGAAAGGACCUUCGAACGUUCAUGGACGCUAUUCUGAUCAUCGACCAAGACCUUGUGACAGCUGCCGUUCGUAACCUCGCCAUUUCUACACUGUCUGCCUAUCAGAGCGGUACACACGUCAAGUGGAAUGAUGCGGAGCUAGCUAUAUAUCUAGUCUUCAUCUUUGGGGAGAUUAACAAAACCGGCGGAAAGGGUAGAUCAGCGUUUUGUCAGGCUCCUGCCGUUCCCAAGGAUCAGCGAAAGGUAGCCGACUAUUCUACCUAUCCUUUGACGUCUCACGGCGAAAUGCUCAUGGCCAUGGUCAACUCGGGCAUAUCGUCUUACCCUCACACGACGGUCGUCAUGCAAUUCUUUGAGACAGUCGCGCGAUAUGGCGACUUUUUCAAGGUCCGAAAAGAAUGCAUCAUGCCAACGUUACAGGCCAUGGUCGACCAAAGAGGCCUUCAUAACCCCGACACUUCUAUCCGAUCCCGCGUCUACUACCUCUUUCACCGCUUCAUCCGGGAGAGCAGAAACGAGGUCUCAGUUGAUCUCGCCUUGGAGCUGCUUGAGGGUGUCCGCGACUUACUAGAACCGAAAGUCGACUUGCCCGAACUGGAUGAUCCCGCGGAGCAAGACCUGCUGGAAGAAGCCAUACGCAAUCCGGGCAUUUUCGACUCCCAACUCUACCUCUUCGAGACUGUCGGUGUAUUCAUCUCUCUUCUCUACAAAAAUCCGGCGCAACAGGCUGCAAGUUUGUUGUCGAUAGUGCAACCGUGGCUGGAUGAGCUAGGAAGGAGUCUACAGGUGGCCGGGAGCGCGCAGAAGGACGUGAUGGCAAUACUCAAGGUUCAUCACAUUGACAUGGCGCUGGGCAACGUCGCCAAGGGCUUCCCUGAUUAUCCAUCACCACCUAUUCCGCCGGAGUACAUUAUGCCGCCCAUCAAUGUCUUCCGGGAUAUGGCUCAGGCUAUCCUUGUCUCGUUAGAAACUUUGAAAGGGUACAAAGGCAUACGGGAUGCUGCUAGGUUCGCCUUCGCACGAAUUUUGGGCACCACUGGGCCAAACAUUACAGACCUUAUACCGCCUCUCAUGGCCAAUCUUCUCUCGCAUUUCGAACCUUCGGAGCUCGUCGACUUCAUGAACUUCAUUGGCCUUACUCUUCACAAGCUUCAGCGAGAUAUGUUUGACGUCUUAGACCAGCUCAUCGGCCCGUUGAGUGCCCACAUUGGGGAGCUUCUGUCGCAACCCGUAACCGGCACCGACGAUCAGCUGACGCACACCGACACUAAGAGGGCUUAUCUAGCCCUGCUCAACAACAUCAUGGCUGCGAAGCUUCAUGGCAUAUUUAUUUCCCAACGCAACAACUCGCAGUUGGAGCCUCUCUUGACGAGCAUGGAACAACUAGCGACGGAUCUGUCAGACACCAGCAGCCAGAAAGCCGUCUUCACUUUCUUCUCUCGCUGCGUAGCCACAUGGGGGCAACGGACAGACGCCGUCGCGAACGGAUCCGCCCAGGACGCUGGACAAGCGCUUCCGGGUUUCGAGAGGUUCAUCUACGAGCAGCUCGUCCCAGUUGCCUUCUCCAUCUUGUCGCAACCACAACUGAACGUCAAGGAUGGCCAAGUCGUCGUCGUCUUGGGAGAGAUUUCGAACUUCCUACAAACAGUCAUGAAGACGCGUGGCCAGGAGGCCUUCGACUAUUUUGUCAACGUUUUCCUCCCCGCGCAGAACUGGCCGCAGCCGACCGCCCUAGAGUUCGCGACAAAACUGCGAGAUCAAGACCAGAAAUCUUUCCGAAAAUACUUCACCGAAUUCGUCAGGGCCUCUCGCGCGCCUUCAUAG